AUGCCUUUGGAAUCGCAUGUGAAGAGAAGCGAGAUGCAGCUUACUGAGGAAGAGAUACAAAGUGAGAAGAUGAAUGAGUUGAAAAAGGCAAAUAUGAGACUACAGGGAGAAAUAUCGAUUCUACGCAAAAACAUGAUAUCGCUUGAGAAGGAGAAUUUUUCAAUGAAGGAGCAGAAGAGCCAAGCGAGUUUGUAUGAGCUUCGCAAGAUUGAGAGUCUGAAGAAAGAGGUAAAUGUGCUGAGGGUUGAAAGCAGGAUAAAGGAGAAUCAGUUCCGUGCAUUUAAGAAACAGAAAGUUGAGCCUGUGAUUGACAUAAAGUGGGCGCUUUUGAAAGCAAAGAGCGAGAUAAGCUUCUCAUUGUAUCCAUUUGAAUAUCGAAGGCUGAAGUUUCUCAAGGACUUUUUCUACCACGACUUCUGCCAGCUAGACUCUAAGCUUGUAAUUAAAGAGAUGAAGCAGUGGAUUUCUCGGUUCAAAGAGUUUGUUGAGUUUUACAUACUGUUUAGCUGCAAAGCGGAGGUUUUUAAGGAAUUUUUCCAUACUGUGCUUGUGAACCAGAUGUUUAGUGAGAGAAAGAUUGAAUUUUUCAACACAUUGCCUGUUGAUUGGAUACUGAAUUUCAAUGAUGAAAGGAUGGUGGUGCUUGUGAAGGAUUAUGUUGAUAAGAAUUUCAGACAGAUGAUAUUUUUCCUUCAUAGAGUAGUUGAGGAAAGACCAUUUCUACUAAAUGUGAUUAUGACGAAGGAGAUGUUCAAUGAGGUUGCAAAGAUGAACACUAAAGGUGCACGGAGACUUGUGGCUGGGAUAUGCAAGAGAGGAGGAAUGUCUUUUGUUAAUCAUACAAAUCUUCAGUACGUUGCGCAAGAUGAUUUGAAGGCAAUCUAUGGAAGCCAAUACUUUGAAGUGAAGCUUGGAUUUGAGUUAUGA